AUAAUUGCGUUGUUAAGGAUGACGUCUCACAUUUAUAAUUUUAUUUUUUAAACAUUCGCAUAAGAUUAAGUACAUUGUACUGAUCAAACAAAUAAACGAAAAGAAAAUCAAAAUUCGUUAUCGUAUUUUAUAUUGUAGAACGAAAUAAAUCAAUUUGCAUAUGUUUAGUCAAUGUACAUAGACAGGUGAUUCGACAUAAAACGAUUAAUUGCAAAAUUCAGCGACAUUUCUCGUUUCUCGAUGUCAUCCGCUUUCUCUCAUACACUAUUUCAAAAUGGCAGCAGCUACGGACGAGCUGAUUUUGCUUGAAAGAGUUUUUCUUCGGCUGGGCUCAGCAGAUACAGAUGAACAAUUACAAGCAUCUGUUUGUAAAUUCCUACCACCAGUAUUGCUCAAAUUGUCCAGUGCACAGGAAGGCGUUAGAAAAAAAGUAAUGGAGCUAUUAAUUCAUAUCAAUAGAAGGGUAAAAACUAGACCUCAAGUGCAGUUACCAGUUGAAGCAUUAUUGUUGCAGUAUCAGGAUCCAGCUGCUAGUUCAUUUGUAAUUAAUUUUACAAUUAUAUAUAUAAAAUUGGGAUAUCCACGUAUGGAAAUAAAAAAGCAAGCAGAAUUAAUCCCCAGUAUAUUAAAUGCUAUUGAUGGAAAACCUUUAUCCCAUCAAGAUAGUUUAAUGCUAAUAAUAAUGCCAGCCUUAGGACAUAUUAAUAUUCCUGCAGACCCUGAUAAUCGAACAUCUUUACUUGGUUUACAAGAUAAACCUUAUGUGUCAAAACAAUUGAUCAACUUUAUGCUUGAUGUACUACUAUUACCUUAUGGAUCGGUAGGACAAAGUGAAAAUCAGCAAGUGAAUCAAACUGUCGAUUGGCCUCAAUUUCCUAUUCCACCUGGAUUAAGUGAAUAUGCAUUCAAGAGAAUUAUAGGUGAACAUCCACCUACUGCUGAACAGCUGGAGCAAACCAAAUUAGGAAUUGUUAAAUUUAUUUCUAGUGGAUUUUUUCCUGACUCAGAUAUUUUUAUACAUUUGGUUGUUGCAGCUGCAGAUACUAGAUUUAGUGUUGCUAAUAUGGCAGAUUUAGAAUUGAAAAAAAUUGUAAGUUCUUUAGACUGGUCCUCAAUGCAAAUAGCUGCACCACUUUAUACAUUAUUCUUAGGUACUGAUGGUUUAGCAACACAAAAAGAAAUUAAACCUGAAAUGAAACGAUUACCUGCUAGUACUCGUAUUCGACUAAAAGUAUUACAUUAUCUUUGUCGAUUAAUUAAGUCAGGUUUUAUUAUUCCUUCAUGCAUUCAGGUUGUAUUUGAUUCUUUGUAUGGAAAAAAUACAAAUUCAAAAUUGAAAUCAUUAGCAUUGAAAUUUACAUCUAAUAUUGUUCAACAAUGUAGUCUUACACCAUUGGUUCGUGUAGCAGGAGUAAUAUUAAAUGGUAUGAUAAAAUUAAUUUCUGAAGGUGAAGAUAUUCAUAAACCUAUGGCAUAUACAAUUAUUGGACAAUUAGGCCGAAGAAUACCUUCAUUGAUCAAUAAAGAUUUGAGUUUGUUACAAAAUCUUUUUGAUACCUUGGUAUCGACUGACGGAGAUUUACGAAGAACUGUGCGAGAUGCGUUAAUAUCUGUAACAUCUGCAUUUAUUCUCAAUAAGGAAGAUAAGAGUAACAUAGCUUUGAUGAAUGCUUUAUUAUCAUCUCAUAUAGAAUCACCAGAAUCAAGUGUAAGGUUUGUGGCUAUGCAUUAUGCCGCGACUGUGUUUCCUCCUGACGAUGCUCCAUCACGAUAUCUACUACUUUUAUCAUGUGGCGAUAACAAACAUGAAAUAAGUACAGAAGCUGUAAAAGCUCUAUAUAGUGGUAUACAUAAAACUGAUGGCGAUAGUCAUGAUAAACAGGAUGUUAAACAAACAGUGGUACCAGAUUUCUCAGACCUUGUAGCUUAUAUACAUUCAAAGAUGCAAAUAAGAAUGUCUGUGCCAAGUGGUGGAAAAAUAAAUAUAGGAAGUAAAACACUUCCAUUUAAUAUUGCAACUUUUUCAGAGAUAAUUAAUUAUCUACGAGUCUGUCUCGCAAAAAGUGCUAAUAUACCUAAAUAUAAUGAGCCUUUGCAACAUCCAUGUGAAUAUACUCCAAUGAUUGGACGUUAUUUACAAAAUUUGUACAAAACUCAACCAGGAGCACUAAAUUAUUAUCUUGAUAUGAUUUUAUUGCUCACUCAUGCUGCUGCAGAUUCAACUUCUUUGCAAGCACUAUUAGAAAUUGUUGGUUGUAUCCCAAAUUAUAUGAGAGAAAUUUAUGAAAAAGAGCUACCAUGGCUUCGUACCUUACUUACAUCUACAAAACCGGAUGUGAGAUAUUUGGUUGCUAAAGUCUAUGGUGUUAUAACUUCUAAUUUUUCAUCUACUGAUUUCGAAAAACACAUUUCGGAGAUUAUAGAUAUGACAAAGAAAAAACAUGUAGAAUCACAGCAUGGUUCAUUAUUGGCUUUAACUUUCAUGAUAGAAAGGAAUUUGAUAAUUAAACGAAAUGAAAAUAGAGAUGUUCUACUCAAUUGGGAGAUGUAUAUUCAUGUUGUUAAAAUUAUAUGUACAUUUCUUCAUGAAAGUACAAUAUUACUUAUGGAUGCUGCAGUUGAAGCUAUUGGUAUUGUAGGAAAAACAUUUCCUUUACCAUUACCUGCAGAAGGAAAUGAUGAAUUAAGUAAAAAAGCAGUUACAGAAACAUUGUUUUCUAUAGUAACUGAUGUAAAAAUAAAGACUAAGGUAAAGGAAAAGGCAGUGAUCUCUUUAGGAUACAUAUGUGUUGCAGAAGAUUUUCCACACACUACAUAUAUAAUAGACAAAAUAAUUACAAUGGCAAAAGAAACCAAGGAUAUAGAAAUUCAUUUAAUUAUGGGUGAAGCUUUAGUAUGUUGUGUUCAAGGACAGGCAUCUCCAGAAGGACGAGAUGCAUGGACAACUCUUCCUAGCGAAUAUAAGAUUUCAUUUAGCAACAAAAGUAUUGAACUUUUGAUAUAUGUACUAGAUGAAUUAUUAAAAAUGUAUAAGAUACCACAUCCUAAUUCUAGACAGGCAACAUGCAUAUGGUUGUUAGCACUAUUAAAACACAAUGUUCAACGAGAUUGUAUCAAAACAAAAUUAUCAGCAAUUCAUCAUGCAUUUAUAGAAUUUCUUUCUGAGGACAGUGAUAUAAUACAGGAUUUAGCAGCAAAGGGACUUAGUCUAGUGCAUGCUAAUAGUACACAAGAAGAACGUAAUUCUUUAGUGUCAUCUAUAUUAGAGCAAUUUAUGCAAGGUCGUAGAACUGUACAACAAGUUACAAGUGAUACAAAACUGUUUGAAGAGGGCCAGUUAGGAAAAAGUCCUAGUGGCGGUAAUAUAUCAACAUAUAGAGAAAUUUGCUCUCUUGCAACUGAAUUACAAAAACCAGAAUUGGUUUAUUAUUUUAUGAGAUUAGCUAAUCACAAUGCGGUUUGGACGUCUAAGAAAGGUGCUGCAUUUGGAUUUGCAGCCAUAGCUAGUAUUGCAAGCGAUGAAUUAAAUAAGUAUUUACCAAGUAUCAUACCAAGAUUAUAUAGAUAUCAAUAUGAUCCUACUCCAAAACUUCAACAAAGUAUGAGUAGUAUAUGGCGUGAAAUUGUUCCUUCUACACUUAAAGCUCUUGAACAAUAUCAUAAGGAAAUAUUGGAUGAUAUUAGAAAUAAUUUGACAAAUAAUGAAUGGAGAGUACGUAUAAGUUGUUGUAAUGCUUUGUCUGAUUUGUUGAGAGCAAAUAUUCAUAUAAAUUUAGAAUUAUAUGCUCCUGAAUUAUGGAUGAAAUUGUUUCGUGUGAUGGAUGACAUUCAUGAAGGUACAAGGGUGGCUGCUACAAACACAGCUAAAGUACUUAGCAAAGUUUGUAUACGAUACUGUGAUCCUUCAUCUGGUAAAGCAGGUGAAGAUUUAUUACAAGCUAUUUUACCAUCAUUACUUGAUAUUGGGGUACUCCAUACAGUAGAUACUGUGAGAAUAAUAUCAUUACAAACAAUAUCUCAGCUUGUAACAUCAGCUGGAAAUUUGCUUAAACCUGCUCUAGUCAACUUAAUACCUGCUCUUUUAAGUGCAAUUGGAGAAUCUGAGAAUCCUAAUCUGUCAUAUUUAAGUAAUGCAUAUGGUACGACAUCCGAAGCACAAGAUGCUAUUGAUGCAUUAAGAACUUCUAUUGCAAGGGAUCAUCAUGCAGCAGAAACAAUAUCUAAAUGUAUACAAUAUAUUGACGCGUCUAUUUUGAAAGAUUUAAUGCCAAAAGUAAUAGAAUUAAUAAAAUGCAGUGUUGGUUUUGGAACAAAGAUUGCUUGUUCACAUUUUUUGAUUCUUCUUAGUACUCAUUCGAAGCAAGAGAUGCAACCAUAUACUGGUAAGCUUCUAGUUGUUUUGGUAAAUGGUUUAGCUGAUCGUAAUGCAGCGGUUAGACGGAAUAAUGCUAUUGCUAUUGGUCAUGUGGUUGGAUCAGCAAAGGAAUCUAGUCUUGAAAAAUUAUUUAACACUUUAAAUACUUGGUAUAUGGAAAAAGAAGAUGAUUCCAUUAGAUUAGCAGUUGGGCAAACUUUGCAAUCCAUAAAUAAUCAUAAUCAAGAAUUACUAAGAAAUUAUUUAAAUAUUAUUAUACCUCUUAUAUUUUUUGCUAUGCAUGCAGAAAAAACUCAAGCAAAUAAAAAUACAGUUGCAUUAUGGACUGAAUUAUGGAAUGAUAUAAUACCAGGAACAGAAACAGGAAUUAGGCAAAAUUUAAGUACAAUAACUACCACUUUACGUGGAGCUUUAGAAUCAGCAUCAUGGAAUACUAAAGUACAAGCAGCAAAUGCAGUUAAUACAGUAGCAUCAAAGUUGGGUAGUGGUGUUGAUAUAGAUGCAAGAAAUACUUUAUUAAAGGUAUUGACAGAUGGAUUACGAGGACGAACGUGGAAUGGCAAAGAGAAAGUCCUAAGUGCUCUUGCUACAUUAGCAAGUAAUAGCAAAGAAACCUUGCAUGAAGAUGAAAAAUUAAAAGAAAUGAUAAUAGAAACACUAUAUAGAGAAAGUAAAAAAGAAGCGGUAGAAUAUCGUCAACAUGCUUUACAAGCUUUCUGUACUGUAUUACAUGAAUUAGAUAUCGAUAAAUUUACAGAGGUUUAUAAUAUUGCUCAAGAAAUUUUAACGAAGUUGUCAAAUAAAAACACUGGUGAUGAUGAUUCCAUUACUGAAAAUUCUAAAAGAAAAGAAAAUAAUAUCAAAUUACAAGAAGUAGUAUAUGAAAUACUUGGCAAAGCAUGGCCAUCUUCUAAAAAGACACAGGACAACUUCUGUAUAGAAUUUGUACAGCAUUGUCAGCAAGUAUUACCCAAUACGACGAGACCUGUACAAGUUGCUAUAUUGACGUCACUAAAUCAUUUUGUGGAUAAACUUGUUCUUUUUACAAUAAAUAAUGCAAAUAUGACGACGAAAGAUAAAGAAACAUUAAAUUCAUUAUGUGAUAUGCUUUGCAAUAUAUUAUCACAUUGUAUAAGUACUCCGAGAUAUACCAGAAUAAGAAAGGAAGGAUUAAAUAUAGUUAUUUCGCUUUCGAAAAAAUUAAAUGAGACGAAAAAUAUUGAAAAUCUUGACAAAAUAAAAUUAGUGCUAAAAGAAUUAAUGCCAGAUUUAGCAAAGGAUAAUCAGCCUGAAAUUCGAACAAGAGUUAUAGAUAUUAAAGAAAUGCUGAAAAUGUAAACACUAUGUUGUUUGAUUUCUGUAUUAUUCUAGAAUCAAAGUAUAUAUCAGUAAACUUAUAUUUCCAGUACCACACAUCUCUGAAUAAUGUGUUGGGUUCAGUAAUAAAGGUGUUACUGGACAUAUAAUCUCAUCUUUAAAAAAUUACAUGAUGAUUCUUCUAUAUGAAUGGAAGUUUAUGUAUUCAAAAUAUGCAGUUUAUCAACUAUAACAAAUCUUAUAAUUAGGAUGUACUAACAUCAAAAGCAACAAUUAUUCAGAUUAUUAAAUUAAAUUACUUUACGAUAUAUUAUUAAAAUAUAGUAUAUCUUAUAAGAUAGGUAUAUUAUAUUUAUAUCAGAAAUCAGUUUUUUAAGUGUUGAAUAGCUAGAUUGAAUUUUUGUAAUAUUACAAUAUUUAUGGACAAAUAGUUGGGUAAAAACUAGUUUUGCUGUUUUUAGUUUCUCACUGGGUAAAUGUAUUGCAUAAUUUAAUGCAUAAAUUGUUAUUAUUAAUAUUAACAAAAAAAUAGUAACUGACAAAAUGUAAACAAACAUUACAGCACAAUAUUAUUCUGUAAAAACUUCCCACAUAUUCAAUGUGUUUUGUUACCAAAGGUAAGGCAUUUAAUUAUUAAUUACAUUGGAUUGUGACCAGUUUGAACUAUAUUUCUGAUACCCUUGCUUUUUAAAUUUGUAAAUCAUAUAAUAAUAUAUCAUUUGUUAUAUCAAAUACAUUAUGAUCACAUAA